ACGAAACAGACAGCGUGUUCGAGAAGAAUGGAAUUAAACCAGAGCUAAUCCAAACAAGAGGCCACGUUGUGCUUCACCGCCUGCCACUUUCUGCCCCUCACGAUCGGAUCUCUCCGCAUUCGGGUUUUUUGUUCCGCUGGUGGAAUUCACCCGCGUGCAGAAUCUGGUCCGAUAGGAACUUCUUUCUUAUCUCCGGUUCUUGUUGUAUAUUUGACCCUUUGGUCUAGUGGGCACCAUGUUCGACGUGCCCAAUGCCAAACGCGUCCGUCGCGACGAACUCCUCUCGCGAGCCUCGUCAUCGCGAUCACCCUCGCCAGCGCCCGAAAACACAGUCACAGACGGAUACCAGCGUCUUGGCGAGCUGCUAAAUCUCGACUCGCUGCUCGGCCCGACGACCCCCGAGCAACAGAAAGAGGAACCCCUCGCAAACCAACAAGACGAACAGCCCCACGAAGACGAAGAUGAAGAACAGGAAUUCGAGUUCCGUCUGUUCAGCGCGCCCUCUGGCGCGGCACACCCCACGGCAGACACCACUACGCCCGGAACACAGGACGCAAGUGCUGGGGGAGAAGGAGGCACGCAGAAGCUCCGUAUCCGGUUGAGGUCCCCGUCGCCUGGUGCGGCUGGGUCCGGGGAAGGACGCAUUGUGAACCCGUUCCGCGGGUGGGAGUAUUACUUUACCGCGCCGGGUUUACUGUCUGGGACUACAGGGGUUGGUGAGGAUGCUGAAUUCCAGAUGAAGAGGAGCCAGUUUGAGGAAGUCGCUGUUAGUGGGGAGGAUAUGCGGGCUUGGGCCAAGGUGGAUUGGCCCGGGUGCCAUCUUCCGUGGAAGGUGAUUCGUCUAAGGCGCGAUCAGACCAAGUUACCGCGUGGGUCUGCUGUCACGUAUGUGAUGGGUCCGCCGGAGAAGACGCCAAAGUCUGUGAAGAAGCCGGGGAAGAAAAGACGGCUUCAACUGCGCAAGCGAGUCACUGCUGCGGAGGACGCGAAGAAGCAAGACGCUGAGAAGCGGACCCGGAAGAAUCGUGAGAAGAAGAUCAAGCGCCGGCAGAAAGCGCGCGAGGAGAAGGCUGCUGCUGCUGCGGCUGCCGGCCAAGAUGUGCCCGCUUCGCCUGUCGAUGAAGACAUGCUUUCCCAGGAUGGAAGCGAUUGAUCUACGUCUAUUGGGCUGGUCCCAGGACCAUCUAUGGGGACUCCCGUCUACCAUGGGACUUCCUACGCAUACAGACGGAUAGCGGAUCAACUGAUCAUUAUCUGGCCUGUUAUACUAGGCCUAAGUGCAGGGUAUUGGUGAAACAGCUUGAAUUGCCAAAGCACACUUGAACUGAACGAAGAAUCAAGGCUGGGGUAUGAAAUGCGGGCAAAGGCACAAGACAAAGCAAAGAGUACCGGGGAUGGUCAGGGUAAGACUAGGUCUGGUGCCAUAGCCACUCUAGAUCCAUCUGGACUCGUAGGGCAUUUAUUUAGCUUUUCAACCACGCUCCGUCAGUUCUAUCUUCUAGACAAUGUUCGGCGUUAACUGAGACUUACCUGGUGCGGGCUCCGUUUUCUCAGCGGGCUUCUCGGCUGCUGGUUCUGCGGGUGCGGCCUCCGGUGCGGCCUCCGGUGCAGGCGCUGCCGCCUCUGUCUUUGCUUCCGGAGCUGGCGCUUCGGUAUUCGCCUCGGGAGCGGGGGCAUCGGCAGGAGCAGGAGCGGCAGCCGGAGCAGGGGCAGGGGCAGGGGCAUCAGCCGGAGCAGGAGCAGGGGCAUCGGCAGGAGCAGGGGCUGGAGCGGGAGCAGCAGCAGGAGCAGGGGCAGGAGCUUCGGUCUUCGACUCGGGAGCUGGAGCAGCAGCUGGAGCAGCAGCCGGGGCAGCAGCAGGAGCCGGAGCAGGAGCUUC